AUGCUCCAGCAUGCGAUGGCGCUGCUGCUGCAGCGAUUGCUGGGCAAGUUUGUGACCUUUGACUCGAGCAUGCUCAAGCUAAGUCUAUGGCAAGGCGACCUGUCGUUCCAGGAUUUGCAGCUAAGGCUGUCGUACGGCGAGGGUGCUAUCGGCUAUUUGAGCGUCAAGAUCCCGUGGCGUGCGCUGUGGACGCAGCCCGUGCAGAUCAAAGCACAGGGCGUUCGCGUGUGGCUCCAUCAGACGCCAAAGACGAGCCACACGGAGCCGCAGGAGUCACAAGAGCCUGUGGACACGAGCAUUGAAGAUGGACAUGGAGACGAUCGGACGUACUUGUCGAAACUGGUGUCGCACAUUAUUGGCAACGUGCAAAUUGAAGUGUCGGACGUGCAGAUUCGGUAUGACUGUGAUCCCAGUUCGCUCGCACCGCGACCGGGAAGCGGCACGUUAGAAGUUGGCUACGUCAGUGUGAUGAACGCAAAUGCAGACUGGCAAUUGGAGUUCACGCUGCAGUCCAAUGCGGCAAUGAAAUCAAACAAGUUGCUGAAAGUUGAAGGCAUUGCAGCAUAUGUAGAGUAUCCCGAUAAGGAGAGCAGAAGAGGGUCAUAUUGUGAUCGUGUUUCUCCCGAUAUGUAUCGAAAAUAUUUAUUCCACGAGUGGUGCAGCACGAUCAAGGCAAGUCUGUACUACCACAGCGUUAACGCCGCAUUCCCCGAUGUAGAGUUGGAUGUGGAUAUAAGCUGUGAACCUGGUAAUGUUGCAGAAAAAUGCAGCAUAUGUGCUGCUCACAACACGUGUGGCACGAACAAAUAUGCACUGCCAGUCCACCAACCCCGAGUGCAUUUCGGACGUGAGCACGUUGACGUAUUAUAUGCUAUUUUGAUUGAAGUGAGGGCGCCAUAUGACGAAUACGAUCGCUUGACUGCAUUGACACGGCAGCAGACGUCACGAACUGAUGGCUUUUUGAUGGUGCUUUCAUACGCAAAGCAAUGGCUGUUGACCGAUUGUUUGGAUGCUGUGGUGGGAGAAACGUUUACUCUUGAGGCGGAGGAUGAAGAUGGUGACGACGAUGAGUUUGAGGAUGCCAUUACCCCUCCGAGUCUCUCCGUGCGUGCUCAGUUAAGGCAUGGAGCAGGGCUGUUUUUUUCUGCCAGAGAAUCUAUUGCUACGGGAAGCGAGGUCAUACGAGAAGCGCAGUGGAUAUGGGUUCUAGGAGAGACGAUUGCAGCUGUGAAGCAAUCAUGUGUCGAAGAUGAAAUCCAGCUUAGCGUUCAGUCACUACGAAUGUACGAGGUUAGUGAGUGCAGCGGAAGCUACAGCAUCAUUGAUCACGCAAGUGAAAGCUGCGACGGUGCUGACUCAGCAUUAGUGAAAGCGCCUAUCGUCCGAAUGUCGUGUGUCAUUCCUGCUUAUCAGAGCCGUCUUAUUGGGUACCAGCCUGUUCUGGACAUCCGAUUGGGCAGUAUCACGAUGUUCAUCAAAGACGACACGCUGCUUGUGUGGAUGACUCUCUUCGCACCAGUGUAUCUCUGGUGGAAUCGGUGGAAUUUGUCACACCCAAGUACAUCGGGUGCGUGCGACGAAGAUCGGUUUGCACCCAUCUCACACCUUGGAAUUCACGUGGAAAGGAUGUGCCUCGUGUACGCUCUUCACGACCAAUUUUGCUUUGGUGCUGAGCUGAGGGCUCUGUCGGUCGAAACGUUCGAGUCUGAUCAUGAGUUCGUCCAAAGUAUUUUUCGCUCAAGGAUCCGUUUGUUUUCGGCGAGCGAAAGCCUGACUUCGAUACAAGCCCAGACAAAUUUGAAUGACGUGAAAGGCUUGCAUAAUAUCGCAACCAUAGACGACCUCUCGCUGACGACAACGAGUCAUUCAAGAAUGCAUUGGUCGAUGGAUCACUAUAGCUGCAAGCACUGUGCGUUACGUGAUGGACGACUUCAUUACGAGCAGCGAGAGCUUGACAGCAACGAGGAAUCAGCUAUGUACCGUUACGUGGCUCAACUUUCCACUGUGCAAAUCGAUUGGACAGUGUCAGAGCUCGAAGCUCUUGCUUGGGUACUAGGAAAGUGGAGUUUCUUUAUGCCAGACAAGGCCGUUAUUAGGCCGGUUCAAAGUCCCAAUCAUACCGUAGCGAAGUCAGAGGUGAUUCUGAUUUGCCGCACGAAGUGGUCUAUCCGGACUCCCGAAAUUCAACUUCGCGUAGCUGAGAAUCGUAAAGGUCAGGAUGCCCAACCAAGUUUUACACUGUCUAUUAAAGAUGUGGAAUGGCUGUCGCACGCAUGUACGACGACCUAUUACCAAAGCAUAAGUGUAGCAUCGAUUUCGCUUCGAGAAGCUGAUAAUGAAACCAUUCAGGUUACAGGGAAGUUAGGAUUACACACACCAGCUUUUCGUGUGACACUUCGGUGUGACCGAGCAAACCCUUGCGAAAGCCAAGAAGCAGAAAAGAGCCUUCAAGCAGUCUUACAAUCCGGUCGUCAAAGUACACGCGUUGUUUUCACUAUUCAGUGCUUGUACGGGGAGCUUUUUCUUCCGAAUAUUCAAGUAAUCCGGGUAUGGUUAGGAGAUUGUUAUGACAGGUAUUUGCUAGGCUUCAUUCUGUCGGCCAAUGCGGGGUACGCACUCGAUGAUUUUCGGCGUAAUUUGUCAAAGCUGGGAUCGGAAGCUUCGAUAAAGUCAUUGAAAGACUUGCCUUGCUCGAAUAACGAGGUUCUCGUUCGUUUGUUGGUCACUCAUGGCUUGCAGCUUAAAGUAAAGCACCUAGACCAAACACCGAGUGCCGCUCUCGAUGGCUUGACUCCCAUUCAAACAAUUGCUAGCAUUAAAGUUUCGAGCGUGUCUGUGCAAGUCAGUGGGUCUGGUGCUGUAUGUGGCACGGUGGUUGAAGUCAAGGGUAGCUUGCGAAACUUGCGGUUGACUGACUUGACUUCUCCAAGUGGAUCACUGCCAACGAAAGCAAAGCAGUCGAACCGACAAUCGAUUGGCUCGCCCCCAGAUGUCCUUGACAGAGUUUCUGACGCAGGAUCCGUUGGCGUGAAAAAUCUCGUCGACUUUGUGGUCAACUUCCCAGAAUGUGCUGACAAUAGGGUCAUGGUUCGUGUUCGCUUGGACUCAGUUUGCAUUGUAUACCUCCACCGGGUAUUCAAACAGUUUUACCACUACAUUUUCGACCAUGUUUUCGAGCUUUUACGUAAUCCGCUGAUGUAA